UCGACCCCAAAUUCUAAUUAAUACUAUGGCUUCAACCUGCAAAUGUACAAUGGUAGCUUUCUUCAUCUUGAUCUCAUGGGCCACUCAUGCCUUGUCACGCACUCUCCAUGAGACAUCAUCAAUGUCUGAGAGGCACGAGGUAUGGAUGGCCCACCACGGGCGUAUUUACAUGGAUGCAAUGGAGAAGGAGGUACGUUUCAAGAUAUUCAAGGACAACGUCCAACAGAUAGAAACUUUCAACAAUGCUGGGGAAAAAUCAUACAAGCUAAGCAUCAAUGAAUUCGCUGAUUUAAAGAAUGAAGAAUUCAUAGCCUCUCGGAACGGGUUUAGGCCAUCUCAAAUGAAGGCAACAAAGGAGACGUCCUUCAUGUACGAGAAUGUAACUUUGGCGCCUGUUAGCAUGGACUGGAGAAAGAAAGGAGCGGUCACCCCCAUCAAGGACCAAGGCCAAUGUGGAUGUUGUUGGGCAUUCUCAGCAGUAGCAGCUAUGGAAGGAAUUACACAGCUCAGUACAGGGAGGCUCCUUUCUCUAUCCGAGCAAGAGCUGGUGGACUGUGACAUCAAAGGUGUGGAUCAAGGGUGUGGGGGUGGUCUCAUGGAUGAUGCCUUCCUAUUCAUUCAACACAACCAUGGCCUUACGACGGAUGUUAACUAUCCCUAUGAAGGAACUGAUGGCACUUGCAACCCAAAGAAAUCAUCGAUUCAUGCGGCCCAGAUUAACGGUCAUGAAGAUGUGCCGGCGAACAGUGAGAAAGCACUACUGAAGGCUGUGACCAACCAACCAGUUUCCGUUGCCAUUGAUGCUGGCGGGUUCGCAUUCCAAUUCUACUCAAGCGGCGUCUUUACGGGAGAAUGUGGUACUGAUCUCAACCAUGGUGUUACAGCCGUCGGUUAUGGGACCGCCGAUGAUGGGACCAAUUACUGGCUAGUGAAGAACUCAUGGGGCACUGGGUGGGGUGAAGAUGGCUACAUAAGGAUGCAAAGGGAUGUUGAGGCUAAGGAAGGUUUGUGUGGCAUUGCCAUGCAGGCCUCUUACCCAACUGUUUAAAAGAAAAUAACACAUUCUCAAGCAGAUCUGCCUUGGAAGAUAUAUAAAUUCUAGAAGUGUAAAAAUGGAAAACUAAAAGUUGGGCUGUAUCAUACAGCCAUUGUAGGAGAUGAUCAUUCCCCCAUCUUGAAUGUUACGUCUCUCAUAUCUUCUCUAUGUCAACCUCAUGUAUGUAAUGUACCUGUGUACAAAUAUCAAGCUUGCAAGUGUUUAUGUUAUUUUGUACAUAUUUCAAGCAUGAGAGUGUUUUGAGGGCCUUUACAGGUGGUAGGAAUAAUAAUGGAACCUUCAGCAUGUACAAGUGGGGCCUGAUGCAACAAAGAAGACAGAGA